AUGACUGAUCCACUCUCUAUCGGGGCGAGCGUGCUGGCAUCCAUUGGCCUCGCCGAUCGCAUCAUUCGCACAUGCAAGCACUACAUCGAGGCUGUUGAAGAUGCACCCAGAGACAUCCAGACGAUAUUGGGCGAGGCUACGUCGCUAAGAGCCAUCAUCGACAGCAUUGGCGAAUCAAGUGCCACAAGCCUCAUGCCAAAUCUUCACGAACAAAAUGGACCUAUCAAGUCUUGCCACAGCUGUCUUGCUUCACUCGAGGCUCUUCUCCCACCAACGAUGGGCCAAUCUCAGACAGGCAAGAGGCGUAAGAUAACGUUAGCUGACCUCGCAUGGACUCUGAAGCAAUCAAAAGUCAGAAAGCUGCUGGCCGAGAUAUCACACCAUAAGGCUACUUUACUGUUAGCCAUGUCUGGUGACAUGAGCCGGGACCUGAAAGAAAUCAGAAUGGGGAUCGAAAGGCCACAAGGCACCAUCUCAGAGUCCGAAACUCGGGAGAUCAUCCGAUGGUUUGAGCGAACAAAUCCAUCAUCUCUUCACAACAUAGCAUUCAACAAACAUGAGCCUUUGACGACUGAAUGGGUCACCAAUUCUUCCCAGUGGAAGGCUUGGUUGUCGCUGACCUCUGAAACUAGACUCAUUUGGAUACAUGGACUCCCUGGUUCAGGAAAAACAGUUCUCGCAUCAUAUGUCAUCGAAGAACUGGAAAUGCUAUGCAAGCCGGCCAAUGUCGAUAAGCGUUUUGAAAAGAUCAGGAUAUUAGCGACAAGCCGGCAAUACUUCGACAUAGAACAAUCAUUGGCUCAGAUAUCAACAAGCAUAUCAAUGUCAAACCCAAUGGUCGAUGCUGAUAUUCGAAGAUUUGUGCACUCCAGACUCAGAUCUAGUAAUCGACUGAAGAGAUGGCACGCGCGAUUCGACGAAAUUGAGGAAGUUCUGGCUGCCAUGGCCCAAGGAAUGUUUCGAUGGGCUGAAUGUCAAAUUCAAGCUAUAGAGCGACUUCGCGACCAGUCGAAACUCCAGCAACUCCUUUCCAACCUACCUAAAGAUCUGAGUGAAACUUACGUCAGAAUCUUCGAAGCAAUCCCUGAAGAAGAUAGACCGCUCGUUCGUUGUAUUCUCACUUGGAUCAUUGGCCAUUCGCAGGCUGCUUGGAUUUAUCACGUUGGUGUGAAUGCGAAUUUGCUUCUGUCAGCAGUCACAUAUGAACAUUUCGGAUCAGAAACCAAAGGUCAAAAGCCCAUUAUUGACCUUGAAUAUUUAAAGGAGAUAUGCAGCUGUCUCAUAACAGUUCGAUAUGUUCCUGGAGAUAUCUUCGAUAGCUGGUUAGAAGAAUCUCCUGGAUUACAGGCUAGAGAAGCAACUGACGGCGAGGAUCUCUACGUGUCUCUUGCUCACUACACAGUCCUGGAGUUUCUGGUAUCACCACAUGUCUUUCAACCUAACUUCGCCUUUUUCGCUAUGUCCCCCGAGCUAAUUCGAUUGAAAUUCGCAAAGAGUGUCCUGAAACAAGCCGUAGCAGCUGAUCCGAAGGGGACAAACACUGAUUGGAUUCACGACCGCGAAGCAUAUUGUCUGACACUCGGCUGCGCCUUGUAUCUAUAUGAUAUCCUGGCAGAAACCGAUCUUCAAGGCCUUUUCAUACGUUAUAUCAAUCCUUCCUCACCACACUAUUCGCGCUUCGAAGCCAUCCAGUCCAAGAUUGUCCAGGGCGACGAAGGCUCUAAGUGUUACUUUCUAAGACACAUCCCAGCUCGAAUCCAUUUCUCGGCAACAGGAGACAUAUGCUAUGGUACAGCUGCGGCACUGAUGAAUCUCCACUUGCUUUGGAAUGGCACGGAGCUUACGCCCAUGAUCAGGAGGCUGCUUAACGGGAGACAGAUACAAGAGCUUCUUGAUACAAAAGUGACAGUUACAUUUAUCGAAGAAUCUGAAGAGGAGUUGGAAGAAGCCGGGAAUGGUUUAUGUGAGAAUACCUUGGAUGGAGCGGUCUGGGAGAUAGUGCAGUCGCGGCAGAUCUUUCUUGACGAUGAAGAGCUUUCUCACUCUUUCCAUAUGCUUGGGCGUCAGUUGGGCUAAAUACGAGAUUACACUAAUAUCUAAUGAUAGAGCUACGUAUCAAGGUUACUAUCGUAUCGAUAUUUCA